AGGUUUACUGGAAUUUGAUGAUCUGGAUGGGACCCAUGCUCUAAUGUCCCGCAUGGUUCGGAAUGAGACCCCCUACUUUAUCUGGACCACUCGGCGCGAUGUGCUGGACUGUCGCUUCCUCUCCAAAGAUCAAAUGAUAAACCACUAUGCUCGGGCCGGCUCCUUCACCACAAAGGUGGGGCUAUGUCUCAAUCUCCGGAAUUUGCCCUGGUUUGAUGAGGCUGAUGCCGACUCCUUCUUCCCACGAUGCUACCGCCUUGGGGCUGAGGAUGACAAACGAGCCUUCAUAGAGGACUUUUGGCUGACAGCCGCCCGCAACGUUCUCAAACUGGUGGUGAAGUCCGAAUGGAAGCCGUACUCCAUCCAGGAAGAAGAAGAAGAGGAAGAGGCCCCAGGAGACAAGCAGCACAAGAAACAGGAGAAAAAGCCAGUGACAGUGUCUCCAGAGUUUGUGGAUGAGGCUCUGUGUGCAUGUGAGGAGCACCUUAGCAACCUGGCCCACAUGGAUAUUGACAAGGAUCUGGAGGCCCCGCUGUAUCUCAGUCCUGAAGGCUGGUCCCUUUUCCUCCAGCGCUAUUACCAAGUGGUCCAUGAAGGGGCAGAACUCAAGCACCUUGACACUCAGGUCCAGCGCUGUGAGGACAUCCUACAGCAGCUGCGAGCCGUGGUGCCUCAGAUCGACAUGGAAGGGGAUCGCAACGUCUGGAUUGUGAAACCGGGAGCCAAGUCCCGUGGACGAGGCAUUGUAUGCAUGGACCACCUGGAACAGAUGCUGAAACUGGUGAACUGCAACCCCAUGAUGAUGAAAGAUGGCAAGUGGGUGGUGCAGAAGUACAUUGAGCGACCCCUGCUCAUUUUUGGCACCAAGUUUGAUCUGAGACAGUGGUUCCUGGUGACUGACUGGAACCCACUUACUGUUUGGUUCUACCGUGAUAGCUACAUCCGCUUUUCCACACAGCCCUUCUCCCUGCAGAACCUAGACAACUCAGUGCACCUGUGCAACAACUCCAUCCAGAAGCACCUGGAGAACUCAUGCCACCGACAUCCACAGCUGCCCCCGGACAACAUGUGGUCAAGUCAGAAAUUCCAGGCCCACCUGCAGAAAAUGGGGGCCCCGGAGGCCUGGUCCACCAUCAUUGUGCCUGGCAUGAAGGCUGCUGUGAUCCACGCCCUGCAGACCUCCCAGGACACCGUGCAGUGUCGGAAGGCCAGCUUCGAGCUCUAUGGGGCAGACUUUGUGUUCGGGGAGGACUUCCAGCCCUGGCUAAUUGAGAUCAAUGCCAGCCCCACCAUGGCGCCCUCCACAGCGGUCACGGCCCGGCUCUGUGCUGGUGUGCAAGCCGACACCCUGCGUGUUGUCAUUGACCGGCGGCAAGACCGCAACUGUGACACAGGAGGCUUCGAGCUCAUCUACAAGCAGCCCCUUACCGCUUCCCCAGCCUCUACACCAAGGCCCGUCUGCCUUCUUCCUGUGUAUUCCGACCCCAGGGUCGGGCCCACAGACUGCAGCACAACAAACUGGUGGGCUCUCGGGCCCUGUCGACCACAGGCAAAGCCUUGA